AUGCUGGUCCCGCCUCGCCGGGCAGAGCAACUGCAGACGCCCAGCUCCAUCCGAAGCUCUCCACUGGCGUACUCUACGCAUCAUUUGACUGGAAAGGCGGCCGACCAGCACCAAAAACAGUUAUUGAUGCCGCGCUCAUCGGAGCUAGGUGGCCAUGCACAACAGGUGCGGAGCUCCAACGUUGCUCCCACGGCCCUGGGACCUGAUGCUAGGUAUCUGAACCACUCGGACCAUGGUGACGGGCAGGUUCCUUCCUCUGAAGGGCAAGACGAAUUGGAUGGACGAGAUAGAGGGGCGCACUAUGGGCAGCACGUUCAAGAGCAAUUGGGGUCACCCACGCAAGGUCUUACAGCUGACCAGCCGGAGACAAAAGGCAUUGGAACGGACGCAGUCCGAAAGCAGCUCGCACGUGCAAAUCAACUGAAGCAGCUUCAGAGCGCAUUAAAGCAAAUUGAAGCUCUUCCAGUGAGCCAAGGCCAUAGUAACCUUUCCCCUCAACGCAGGGAGAUGUUUCUUGAUUCCCUCAGAGAAAAGGAAUCUAAUAACACCGCGAGUGUGUAUUCGCCGGAGGACUCUAGGCCUGUCGAAGCGAAGGUCAAGGGGACGAGUUUGCGGGCAUAUCACAUGCAAAAUCUCACCGACUUUCAGCAGCCCCCGAUCCAUCCUUCAAGCACUGCUACAUCAGUGGGUUCCCUUCCGUUUAUUUUGCCUCUGUAUAACUCAAGUUUUUCCGCCGAUACUCCCUAUAUGAACACCAGUCAACUCCUACCGACGAACCCAUCUCCACUUCCGGCCCUCACAAACUACUAUUCCAACCUAGGCAACGUGACAAACCUUUUCCCGUUGAUUCGCAACGUAACCUCCCCAAUCAACGAGACAAUCGGUGUCGAUACGGUCACAGAGUUCCUUCAGUCGGUUUUAGAUGAGGAGACAAGAAACAAGAUUGUUGCUGCCACGCCACCCAGGGUUUUCGGCAGACUGCAGGAGUUGUUCUGGGGUACAGCUGUUCGUUCCUGGAGGUUGUGGGUUGACGGAUGGCGGGACUUCAAAGAAAACCCUCCACAGGGAUGGGGUUGGAAGCGCGAGGAGGCUGAAGGGUAUCAGAGGAUCUAUAACGAAUUGGCAUCGUGGGUAUACGAUGCGCCCUUUUCCGUGUAUGAUGUAAUCUUUAACACAACAGUUCUCUACUCCUUCCCAAUUUUGGCUGUUCGCGGCGAAGCCAUCGCGCGCAGAGAUGAAGUGCUAAGUCGUGAUAUGGAGAAGCAAGCGAUAUUUUACGCGCCUAUUUUCUACUCGUCACGGAGCAUUAGGGAGCACAUCGACUACUUCAAGGAGUUGCUCUUCAGCCGGAUCGACUCUGCGAUUCAGCCCGUGACGACAGUAACCCAAAUUGGACGACAGUUUGUCGCGAACAGUCAAAAUGCAGGAAACCUUGCGUACGGGUUACUUCAAGUCUGCGCAUUGAACCCGGAGUGCUGUAGGGCGCCGGCCCGUUGCUACCCAAUUGUUGAGGAGAACCGUUUCAAGAACAUAAAUCUUAAAACCGGAAUUGCAGGCAUAUGA